GGUAAAUAAUGAAUAUUGUUAUGAACAGUGAUAAUAAUGAUAACUCUAAUAAGGAUAUGGAAGAUUUUGAGGAGAGUUUUAGAACAAGUAAAAUAACACGAACACAAACACCGAAACAAUAUUUUAAUAAAAAUAAUAGAAGACAAAUAAAAAAGAAUAAAAAAUAUAAUAAUAAAUUAAAUGAUAAUAAUUCGGAUAUUGAUAAUGACGCUGAUAAUGAUGUUAGUUCAUCAUCGGUUGUAAUUACAUCAUUAAUUGAUGAAGAUGAUAAUAAUGAUUCAAAAACAAGCAAAUCAUUAGCAUCUAAACAACCUGGAAAUGAUAAUAAUAUUUUGGCAACAUUCAAUAAUGAAAAUAAUGCUUAUGAAGUACAAUCUCCGAUUGUUGAUAGCACCCAACAGCAACAACAUGAAUUUUUAAUUGAUAAUAGUGACAUUAAAGAAGAGAAAAUUGAAAAAGAAGACCUACAAAAUGACGAAUAUACAACAAUAUUAGUAAAACAAGAAGAUACGUUUAAAAAUGAAAAUGAUCAAAUAAAUGAUAUUAAAUGGAACAUUGGUGAUAUAAUAUGGGCUAGAGUGGGUAAACAUCCAUUAUGGCCAUCUAUGAUUGAUAUUGAUCCACAUCUGAAUACAUUUAUUAAAAUUAAAAAUGGUAAAAAUUUUAAACAAGUUAUUGACUUACAUGUACGAUUCUUUGGUGAUUGUGGACGUCGAUCAUGGGUACCAGCUAGUUCUACUGUCAUAUUUAAUGGUAAAAAAGAAUAUGAUAAUUUAUUAAAUGAUGUCCUAUCAAAGACAAUUAGUACAAAAAAGCAUCGCCUAAUAAAAAAAAAAUACGGGUUUUUUAUAACACCAAAAAAUUUAGCUGCGUGGAAUCAAGCUGUUCAAGAAGCUGAAACAUUAAUGAGUAAAACAUUACCAGAACGUUUUGAUUUCUUUAAAACAAUUAUUGAAAAUAAUUUAAAAAAUAAGAUUGCUAAAUUAAUGAAUGAUAAAUCAAAUAAAAAAUUAGAUGAUAAAUCAGUGGAUCAAUCAAUUAAUGAUAAAUCUAUUGAUAAAUCACUGAAUGAUAAUAAAUCUAACGUUAAUGUUAUUGCCGAUAAAUCAAUUGAUAAUGAUAAAUUAUAUCCAAAAACAUCUACACCAAAGAAACAACAAGCACGACUUAAUACUGAUAAUGAUAAUAAUUUAUUUAAACGAAAACCAAAACAACAUGAAAUUAUUAUUAUUGAUGAUGAUAACGAUGCGGAUAAUACUGAUGCUGAUAAUGUUGAUGAUAAUAUAGAUAAUGAUCAUGCUGCUGAUAUAAAAAAACAUUAUUUAUUUAAUGGUAUUAGUAAAGAUAAAGUGUGUGAAAUAUGUUUUAAAGGUAACAAUGAUAAGGAUAAUGGUAUGGUAUUUAAAUGUAAUGGUUCAUGUUUACGAUACUUUCAUCAUAAAUGUUGUACAUUGCAACAACAAGAAUUCUUAUCAAUAGAUAAUCAUGAUAAUGAGGAUAUAGAAUCAUGUUCAUCAUAUGAUUCAGUACAAAUAACUAAUAAUAAGAAUAAUAUACAACGUUUAUCAAUAGCUGAACAAAUCGAUCUUAAAAUGGCUGAAGUGAUGAGAGGUUUAUGUGAUGAAAUUAAAUAUACAAGUCCAACAGAUACAAGUGAUGAAGAUGAUGAUAAUGUUGAUACUACUGGUAGUAAUCAUUUAGAGUAUCAUGUUACAGGCGAUGAUAACAAUGACAAAUUAAUGUGUAUUGACUGUAGAAACAAUAAAUUCUUAUGUUUUAUAUGUAACAAAGAUACGGAUAAAGAACUAAAAAAAUGUUCUUUCAACAACUGUAACAAAUACUAUCACAUUGGAUGUCUGCUAGAAUGGCCACAAACUCAACAAAUCAACACAACAAACAAUUACAUAUGUCCAUUACAUGUAUGCCACACAUGUAUAUCAGAUGAUCCACGUCAACAGACCUCAUUAAUAAAAUUCAAUAAUGAUAAGCUAGCUAAAUGUAUUAAAUGUCCAACAUCAUAUCAUAACAUAUCAAAUUAUUGUUUAACAGCUGGUGCACAAAUAUUAUCAUGUACACAGAUUAUAUGCCCAAAACAUUUGAAUAUUAAUCGUAAAAAGGAUAAACGUAAAUCGUUAACACAUAUAAAUACAUCAUGGUGUUUUAUAUGUAGUAAAGGUGGAACAUUGAUAUGUUGUGAAACAUGUCCAACAUCAUUUCAUAUUGAAUGUUUACAUUUGAAUACGAUACCAAAUGAAUCGGAUCAAUUUAUAUGUGAGGAAUGUGAAACGGGACGAUUACCAUUGUAUCAUGAAUUAGUAUGGGUGAAAUUAGGUAAUUAUCGAUGGUGGCCAUCAAUAAUAAUCUUACCAUCACAAAUACCAACAAACAUGAAUAAAAACAUGAAUAAAUGCGGUGAAUUUGUAAUACAAUUUAUGGGAUCACACGACUAUUAUUGGGUCAAUCGUGGACGUGUAUUCUUUUAUCAAGAAGGUGAUUCAGACGAUAUAUUAAAAUCCAAUACAAACACUACCAACACAAAAGCAAUAAAUAAAUUAUUUAUAAAAGCAUUACAAGAGGCAAAUGUUCUUUAUAAUAUUAUAAGAGAACAACGGCAACAAUAUCAAAAAGCUAUGAAAUUAAAAAAUGAAAAAUAUAUUAAACCACCAAAGUAUAUAAAAAUUAAAACAAAUAAACCUGUUGGUAAUGUACGAUUAUAUAACAAAGAUGUUAUGCAAACUGAUAACAAAGAUGAUUCAAAUGAUAAUGAUAAUUCACCAUCAAUGUAUUAUCAACAAUCAUGUGAAUGUAAUACGGAUUUAAAACAAUAUUGUGGACCUCAAUCAUCAUGUAUUAAUCGUUUAUUACUUCAAGAGUGUAAUCCACAAACAUGUCCAUACGGUACAGAAUGUUUAAAUCAACAAUUCGAAUCACGAAAAUAUCCCGAAUUACAACCGUUUAAAACAGUGGAUUUAUCGCGGGGUUGGGGUUUAAAAACAAUGGAAUUCAUAAAAAAAGGACAAUUUGUUAUUGAGUAUGUUGGUGAAUUAAUUAAUGAUUACGAGUAUAAACGACGUAUUCAUGAACAACAACAAAAACAGAAACAGAAUAAAUUUAUUUCAUCAAAUGAUAAUUAUUAUUUUUUAAUUAUUGAUAAAGAUCGUAUAUUAGAUGCGGGACCAAAGGGUAAUGUUGCGAGGUUUAUGAAUCAUUCUUGUGAUCCGAAUUGUGAGACACAGAAAUGGACUGUGAAUGGUACAACACGUGUUGGUUUAUUUGCGCUGCAAGAUAUUGAAGCAAAUACUGAACUAACAUUUAAUUAUAAUUUAGAAUGUAUUGAUAAACAUAAAACUGUGUGUAAAUGUGGUGCGCAAUCGUGUACUGGAUUCAUUGGAUUGAAAAAAGAAAAUAACAAUAAUAAUGGAACAGAUACAACAAAUACAAAUGGUAAUGGUAUAGCAGGUGCAACAACAACUAGUUCUUCAAACCAUAGUAAACGUAAUAAAUAUAUAACAUCAAAAUUAAAAAAUAAAAGUAAAUAUAAAUAUUGUUUUAUUUGUAAUGAAAAUAAAACUGAAGGACGAUGUCGUAUGAAAUCAUGUGCUAAAACAUAUCAUUUAGCAUGUGUACAAUUAGAACAGUGGCCAAAAGAGAAUUGGUACUGUCCACGGCAUAAAUGUUUUGAAUGUGGUAAAAAACAUUUGUUAAAAUCAUGUACGAGGUGUAUUAAAUCUUAUUGUAAAUUACAUGCCACCAAUAAAUUUUAUGAUAUUAAUCUCGAACAACCACAGCCUUUAUUGUGUAUUGAUCAUCCUCAAGAAUUACUACAGGAAAAUGAACAAGAUAAGGUAAUUAAAACUGAACCUGAAGAACAAGAAACAAUAUUACUUUCAAAUACAACAGACAAUAUAAACAUUGACCAACCACAACAAAACAUUGAAAUUAAACAAGAAACUGAAUCAAUUUCAUCAUCAUUAAACGUUAAUAAUUUAUCAUUAACAUCAUCAAAUGAUGUUAAUAAUGAUGAUAAUAUAAAAACACGAUCAAAAUCAUUAUCAUCAUCACCAACAUCAUUAGAUAAUGAUAAUAAUGAAAAAUAA